GGGGCAUCAGGUUCCGUGGCUUUCGUUCUCCAUCAAAACUGCCCCGCGCCAGGAACAGCUGCACCGUUUUUUAUAUUAAGACUGACGCCGACGAUUAUACGAACCGCUCCGAUCCUGACCGACAUAUCCUCGACUUUUGCGGCGCUAGAUCCGUUCGAUCGCAGAGCCAGAAUACACGCAUUUGAACAGCAGUGAUACGCAGGUAUUGCGCUGCGCAGUAGCACAAAGGACGAAGGACGCAUCAUCAGAUAAAGAAAGAAAGACAAGGAACCAUGUCUGCCAAGGUCCCGCGCAACUUCCGCCUGCUGGAAGAGCUCGAAAAGGGCGAAAAGGGUCUCGGAGCUGAAGCCUGCAGCUACGGCUUGGAAGAUGGCGAGGACCUGCUCAUGUCCAACUGGAACGGCACCAUCUUGGGGCCUCCGCAUUCCGCACACGAGAACCGCAUCUACAGCCUGAAAAUGCACUGUGGCGAUAACUAUCCCGACGAGCCCCCCUCCAUCCAGUUCGUCAGCCAAGUCAACCUCCCCUGCGUUAACCCUCACAACGGCGUCGUCGACCCGAAGCAGCUCCCCUGCCUGGCCCAGUGGAAGCGUGACAACACUAUGGAGAUGGUCCUGAUUGAGCUGCGAAGAUAUAUGGCCUCUCCCGCGAACAAAAAGAUUCCCCAGCCCCCUGAAGGCUCUACAUACUCAUAAUCCUCUUAGGCGUUUAUUCGCAGAGACUACGGAAGACAAAGGGGGAAGGGGCGUUCUAGACGGGAAAGCGAAAGGGCCAACAGAUAUACGUGAAGACCUCUCCUUCAGCCAAACAAACACACAAAUCCAUAUCAACAUCACCACGCACAAAGAACUCACGUAGCAUGUUUUUUCCCCUAAAUCUCAAAUCAUUCCAUUCACAUUUUACAUUCAGAGUUUGGUAGCACGAAAAUCAUAAUUCACAUUCCAAAUCGUCCACUUCUUUCUAAG